AUGACAACACGGAAAACGCCUACAUACACAUCCACCAACAAAACUCGCAAGAAGCCGUGGGCGCUUGCUUGCUUCAUUCAUUUUUUGAUACAUCGCAGAACGAACAGGAACCAGUUAUCUACUCUCACUCUGCUAUACACUAGCGGUGCUCUUUCUCUCUCUCUCCGCCCAUUAAUCAUGGCAGAACUUGAUCAGAGUUUUAUUGAGCACGAGCACGAGCACGAGCAGGAGCAAGAGCAGGAGCAGGAGCAGGAGCACGAGAAGGAGCAGGAGCAGGAGCAGGAGCAGGAGCAAGAGCAAGAGCAAGUGCAGGAGCAAGUGCAAGAGCAAGUACAACAAAUAGAACAUGAAGAUGUGGAUGUACAUGAACAUGAACAUGAAUGCAAAGAUGGAAUACUGGAUAACUCACAUCCAGAAAAUAAACUGGACCUUGGAGGUGAUUCGGUUGCUGCAGAGGGUGAGAAAUGGCCUGGAUGGCCUGGGGAGAGUGUUUUCAGGAUUUUGGUGCCUGCACAAAAGGUUGGCAGUAUAAUUGGACGUAAGGGAGAGUACAUUAAGAAAACAUGUGAAGAGACAAAAGCUCGGAUUAAGGUUCUUGAUGGUCCUCCAGGGAUGAGAGAAAGAGCUGUUAUGGUAUCUGCCAAGGAAGACCCUGAUGUUUCACUUCCAUCUGCGAUAGAUGGUCUACUUAGGGUUCACAAACAGGUUUUGGAUGGGCUGGACAAUGAUUCUUCUCAUGCUCCAGCAGGUGUAGGGAGCAAGGUAUCAACAAGGCUACUUGUACCAGCUGCACAAGCGGGAUUUUUGAUAGGAAAACAAGGCACAACAGUGAAAUCGAUUCAGGAAGAGUCUAAUUGUAUUGUUAGAGUUCUUGGAUCAGAAGACCUACCUGUUUUUGCCCUUCAAGAUGAUAGGAUUGUGGAAGUUGUAGGAGAGCCGGCAGGUAUACACAAAGCAAUUGAAUUAAUUGCCUGUCAUCUGAGAAAAUUUUUAGUUGACCGCAGCAUAAUACCAAUAAUUGAAAUGCAAAUGCAAAUGCCCAAUUCGCAGAUGGAACAUAUGCCUCCUGCCCAAUCUUGGGGUCCGCCUCCUCAAGCUUUUCCUCCUAAUGCAGUUGGAGGUCCUGGAUAUGGAGCCAGCCCUCAUUUCAUGCCACCUCCUAGGCAAUUCGAUAAUUAUUAUCCUUCAGCUGACAUUCCACCUCUGCCAGAAAAACAACCUCAUCAGGGUAUAUCAGAUUAUGGAAGAGAAGUGCCAAUGCCAGUGCAUUCAUCAUCGAACCAGCCCAUGCAAUCAAUAAUCACUCAGGUCACACAACAAAUGCAGAUUUCACUAUCUUAUGCUGAUGCUGUAAUUGGUACAGCAGGUGCAAAUGUAAGCUAUAUACGGCGGGUUAGUGGUGCUGCAGUUACUAUACAGGAAACUAGGGGGGUUCCUGGGGAGAUGACAGUUGAGAUUACUGGAACUGCUUCUCAAGUCCAAACAGCUCAGCAGUUGAUUCAGAAUUUCAUGGCAGAAGCUGCAGCCCCUCAAUCAAAGACCGCUCCUGCUGCUGACCAAGGAGGCUAUAAUUCUUAUGCAACUCAUGGUUCGGUAUAUACUCCUCCUUCAAAUCCUAGUCUUGCGGGACAAACUGGAGGCUACUCUUCUUCAUUUUUUGGUGAUUCUCCGCCGAGAUCUCCGAUCAGGUUUCUCCAUGGUAGUUGCUACCAAAAUGCCAUCACCUGGCUAUUUGACAAGUUUCAAACGCNCUAUUUGACAAGUUUCGAACGCCUAAUACCUAGAAGUUCCAGAUCAAGGAGGAUGUCAUGGUCAAUUAGAAGUGCAGCUGAUGGUGGUAGACUAAAUUCUUCCCCAAAUGACACUGGUGGAACUAGGCUUAUUAGGGCCAUCCAAGCUCUACAAGUAAAGUUGAAUGCUAGAAUCAAGGAAUUGAGGAAAAAUCUUCCUGCCAAGUUACUGUUUUUCUUGAUUGGCUUCUAUUGUGCUACGGCUUUUGCAACUGUAAUUGGGCAAACAGGGGACUGGGACGUUCUAUCUGCUGCUUUAACUGUAGCUGUAGUGGAGGGGAUUGGGGCUCUCAUGUACAAGUCUUCACUACCCUUGGUGGAUAACAUAAGAAACUUGAUCACCAUGAGCAAUUAUUGGAAGGCUGGCCUUACCCUUGGUCUUUUCUUGGAUUCAUUCAAGUACUGA